AUCCAUUUUAUGUCUGAUCUUGAAGACCUCAAUAAGCCUUUCGACCCCUUUGCUGAUGUUGAAGAAGAUAAAGGUGGUGUUGUAAACACUACCCAUUACUUGCAUCUUCGCAUUCAACAACGUAAUGGUAGAAAGACCUUGACAACCCUUCAAGGUUUGCCAAAGGAAAUUAACAGCAAGCGUUUGUUGAAGGAAGUAAAGAAACAGUUUGCCUGUAAUGGCACAGUCGUUGAUGACGAAGAGCAUGGUGAAAUUAUCCAAUUGCAAGGUGAUCAACGCUUGAAGAUGGCUGAAUUUUUGGUUAAUGAAGGCAUUGCAAAGAAGUCAGCUAUCAAGAUUCACGGUUUCUAACAGUUUUGUUAUUUUUGUGUAAAAGUUAUUUUAAUAAAUCAGCAUUCAACAUCUUUUGUAUAAAACAAGGAGAAAAAAAAUAAACAUGCUGUCAUCGCUC